UGUGCAUGUGCAGUUAUGAGUUGAGUGAACGCGCAGACAUGAAGGAACUGAAACUUAGCGGUUGUUCACCGUAGUGUUACAAAUACUUUAAUUAACAUAUAAUUAGCUGAAUUUAGGAAGUAUAUAAAGCUGAAGUGGAACAUUUAUAACUAAAAUGGACAUGUUCACCGAAGACGCAGAAUUCAUUGAUAUAAACAUGAUGCAGAUAUUUAGGGAUAUGUUUCGUAGAUGUUCUAUUCAAAGGAUGAUGGAAUAUAACUUAUUAGGGCUGAUGGCACCUGAUGAUGAGCUAUCACACUUUCCCUCUAUAGACGUUCAGGCAAAAGACAGUAACGUGGAAAGAAAAGCAAGAUUAUUACAAGAAUCCAAAAAAAGCAAAGAAAAGAAGCGGCUUAAGAAACAGAAACAGAAGGAAAGAAAACGACGUGAGAAGCUGGAGAGGGAAAAACAAAACCCUGUAAAGGAUGAAGAGGUCGAUAAGUCAUCACAGUCAAAAGAACCAGGGAGUAAAUCAGUAAACGAUAAAUCUAAAGACGGUUCCAUUAAAGAUUUGGCUUCAGCUAAAGACACAGACAGCAGUGACAGUAGUGCAGACGAAUCCAGCGAUGAAGAUAGUGACAACAAGGACUCUGCCGACUCUGAGGAACUGGAUUUGACAAGUACUUUUGUGACUAAAGCUGCUGAGAUAGCCAGACGUAAAAUGGAGCAGAAACCUCGGCCGGAGAAGAAGAAGACACCAGUUAAAACAACCCCUAAAAAAACAACUGAAGACCAGGACGUUGAAAAGAAGUUACAAGAUUCCAUGACCCUUAACAUGCCUGAUGCUGAAAAUAAUAUAAAAAUAAGUACUCAACUUGCAUUGCUUGGGAAUAAAUUUGCAAGUGCCGGAGAUUUUAGUCAGGCUGUGAAAUAUUUUACGGAUGCAAUAAAAUACAACCCGACAGAGUUUAAGCUAUUUGGAAAUCGUGCUUUUUGUUUUGAGAAGAUGCAAGAAUAUGAGAAGGCACUGACGGAUGCAGAGCUGUGUCUCAGUAUGUGUCCAGGUUGGGAUAAAGGCCUGUUUCGGAAGGGCAGAGCUCUGGCAGGUCUGAAGAGGUAUACAGAGGCUGCAGAUACCUUCAGAGAGGUUCUCAAAUUGAACAGUUCCUGUGGAGAAGCUGCCCAGGACCUGAUGCGGGUGCAAAUCAUACAACUAAUGGACUAUGGUUUCUCUCAGGAGCAGAGCUCAAAUGCUUUAAUUAUUCAUGGGACCUUUGAUAAAGCUCUAGAGGUGUUGUCCAAGUUAAACCAUCAACCUGGUCCUUUCCAUAAUAGUGCUCACCCACCGGCUCAGGUGGUGAAUGUUACAGGAGUCUCCCCCGUCCUUUCUGCCAAAAUGAAUUCUGCCACUCCUCAUCCUCCACCUUCCCACAGUGUUCCAAAACCACCUCUACAGAACGUACCUUUAGGCCCGGUCCAGAAUGUCCAGACUCAGCAAAAGACCAACAAUGAAAGACCACCACCGGAACUGUUUCCAGUUUGGGUGGGAAACUUGAAUUGCUCUGUAACUGAGACCAUGAUCUCCAACCUGUUUAAUGAGGCUGGUGUCGUUUAUAGUGUCAAACUCCUGGUUAACAGACGGUGUGCCUUUGUCAACUUUACCAAACCAGAGUGUUGUGAUAAAGCAAUUCAACGCUUUCAUGGCUUUGAGUUGAAGGGCGUCAGACUUGCUGUGCGAUACCCAGACAGGAUUCCUCCAGGCAUGGGCAUUUCCAAAUCUGCCCUCAAAGCUGAUGAGAAUAUAAGACAAAACCAGUACAUGGAGGGGAGGUAUCCACCCGGCCCCAGGAAACCUUUUCCCCCGUACCAUCACGUCCAUGAUCCCAGAGGCUUCCACAAAUACUGAAGGACCACCUGAUGCCUCUGAGGACCUUCAUGUCACCUUUAAAAUAAAAAUAAAAGCAGUUAAACAUGAUUUUAAACCAAAUAGCUUAACACUGGCUGAACCAGACUAAUUCCUGGUAUCUGCAGGGUUUAAAGCUUUCUUUACACGUAUGUUAAAAUCACCAGU